AUGGCCGACACCGACGACCAUCAACCGGAGAACGGCUUCGUGUCUCCCGAGGGCACGUCGUCGUCGCCGGGUCCGCUGUCGCGCAUCGACGGCUCAGUCCUGCCUUUCCUCGGCGGUUUCGGGAAGUACCAAAAACAGCUGAUCCUGCUCACAUGGAUCCCGGCGCUCUUCAUCGGAUUCAGCCAGUAUUCGGACAGUUUCCUGCUCGCCCAGCCGAACAACACAUGCAUCCUGCCCUUGGCAAACACCACCGCUUCCAUCGCCACCACGACCGCUGCCACUACUACAGCCGGUGGCAACGUGACGUGGGGCCGCCCCUGGGGUUCGGGUGGCCCCCAGAAUGCCAGCGGGCGGGCUGCUGGAGUCCGCAACGACACGGACGACACACAGUGCAUGUGCAACGCUUGGACCUUUGAGCUUCAUACCGGCCUUGUGCAGAAUGUUGUGACAAAGUGGAGUCUAGUGUGCAACUCUGCAUGGAAAGUCCACAUCGCAAAGUUCUCUCUUUUGGUGGGCUCUAUCUUUGGAUACCUGGUGUUUGGAAUCCUCGCAGACUGGUUUGGCCGCCACCCAGUGUUGAUCAUAUCUGUGCUGUUCAUGCUAGUGUUUGGCCUCACUGUGGCCUUCUCUGUCAACGUUCCAAUGUUCAGCACACUACGAUUCUUUGAAGGCUUUUGCUUGUCUGGAAUCACAUUGUCACUCUACGUCCUCAGGAUUGAGCUGUGCCUGCCAGGUUGGCGCUUCUCCAUGACCAUGGUGGCCAGUUUCGUCAUGCUAGGCGGCCAGCUGCUGAUGCCAGGUGUGGCCUACCUUUGCCGUGAUUGGCAGGUGCUCCAGGCAGUCAUAAUCUGCCCCCUGCUGCUCAUGCUGUCCUAUAUCUGGAUCUUCCCUGAGUCACUGCGUUGGCUGCUUGCCACACAGCAGUACUGCCGCUCCAAGUGGAUCAUGGGACACAUUGCAAAGAAAAAUUGCAUCAAAAUGGACCAGGAUCCGGACAACAUCCUCCCAGAAUUGCAGAGAGCUCUUCAGCGCAAGCCUAAGAAGACGUGCAUCGUGAAAAUGGCCCGCACAAGAAACCUGUGGAAGAAUAUUGUCGUGCUGUGUGUCAAUUCGCUAACAGGCUAUGGGAUUCACCACUGCUUCGCUCGCAGCAUGAUGGACCCGGAGGCCCAGGAAACCACCAUGUUUCACAAUUUCUACGCUGACUAUUACACAAUGGCCGGCAUCGCCGUGGCGUCCUGCCUGGCGCUGUGCCCUGCGGUGGGCUUGAUGGGCCGGCGCGGCGGCCUCCUCACGUUCAUGAUCAUCACUGCCUUGGCCUCGUUGCUGCAGCUGGGCCUGCCCAACUUGCUUGGAAAGUACAGCACUCAUCUCAAUAUAGAUAGUUCAAGCACACUGAAAAAGAAUUUCUCAAUUGCCUUCUCCAUUAUCGGGAUGUUUUCGUCCCAUGCCGUCAGCAACCUGAGCAUCUUCUUCUGUGCUGAGAUCACACCCACCGUCAUCAGGGGCGGCGGCCUGGGUCUGGUCCUAGCGAGCGCCGGCUUCGGCAUGCUGACGGCGCCCAUCAUGGAACUCCACAACCAGAAGGGCUACUUCCUGCAUCACAUUAUCUUCGCCUGCUGCACGCUCAUCUGCAUCAUUUGCAUCCUGCUGCUGCCCGAGACGCGCUACCGCCCGCUGCCCGAGACGCUUGCCGACGGUGAGAGCUACACACGGCAACCGCUGCUCCCGCCGCGCAAGCCUGGCGAACAGCACUUCCUGCUGGCGACCUCCGAAAGCACCCGCGAUUACAAGCGCGUGCACGACACGCCGCUGCACGAAGCGGCCGCCACCGCCCUCUCCACCAUGGACGGGGCCGCCGACGUGAACACUCUUGGCGAGACGGCCGUUGACGACGAUGACGCGGCGCUCACGAAAGAUGACAUCGUCCACGCCAGCAAGGAGCGCCUUCUGUGUUCUGCGCGUUCACAACCCAUGUCGCCCAAUGAUGAGCCUUCAGAAGUGGUCCUCGCUUCUAUCGAGCCCCUUGCUCACACCGUCAUCUCCCAAACGGACGACGGUCUGCAUCCGUCCCCAACCCUAGAAGCGCUUCUGGACCCCCCCGACCAGGUGGACAAGGAUAUUACGUCCGAACAACCUGAUCCACCGUCCCCAGAAGACUCUUUAGCUGACUCGCCGUCACCGGCGCCACCACCCCCCACGGCAGAUAGUGAUGCUUCUGCCACCCUUCUGCCAGACAUCCACUUAGAAAUGGAGAUAGAAGACGAAUCUACGCUGCCGUUGCCUCCCAGCGGCAACCAUUGUUCCCCCCUUCCAACACCCAUCCCAGACUCUGUUUUACCCCCGUCGAGCCCCACGUCCCCACUUGAAUCCCCUUCCCCACCUCCCUCUCCCCCCACUCCCCUCAUCACAGAAGCAACCACUUUGACUGAUCCUCCUUUACGGGUUUCUCUUGACUCAGACUCUGAUUCUAGCCCUUCAGGAGCGCCCCCUCCCUCUAUAAUGGUCUGUACAGUUUCCUCCCCCAUAGACUCUGGCGUGCUGUCAAUCAGCGUGAGCACUGAAAGUAACGCCAUCAAUAGUGUGGCGUCGUCAUGA